CUGGGGUUCUUUGGGGUGCUGAUUCAUAAAAUUGCAUUGGAUAGACCACAUCAGCUCUAGAUUAUUAAAUAUGGUUUUCUGUGGGUGAGCAGAUGGCAACUAUUGGAUGGCACAUGUUCUGUAUCAGAAACUAGAGCUGAUGUGGUCUAUUCAAUGCAAUUUUCUGAAUCGGCACCCUAAAUAACCAACCUAAUCUAAAGUUGACCAAAACUGAUUUGUAACCCUUUUGGUACUAAUGUUGAGGAGUGGUUCCUGGUCAAGGUAGUCCUUAAUCAAGUGGUCCUUGGUCAAGUGGUCCCUGAUAAAAAAAUGGUAGGAAAUCACUGAUCUACUCUGUAGAGUCAUUGCAGUCUGACACCAUUUUAAUUGCCAUGGUUCAGUGUUAGAGAACCCUGACAGCUGUGGAGUUACAAGGUCUUCUGACGUCUAUGUCAAAGAAGAAGAAAUUACAAAUUCCAGGAUUCCGUAGCAUUGAGCCGUGGCAGUUAAAAUAUUAAUUCUACAGUGUAUGGGAGUUGGCCUCUAUCUGACAGUAGCCAGCCUCUAUCUUGACAGUAGCUGGGUUAUGUUUAAUUAGUCUUUUCUCUUCCCCUUCAGGAUCCUCCCAGAAAUAAAACAGACAAUAAAAAAGAGAAAGGCCUGGGAGGGUGAGGAUGAGAUUUCAGAACAAUGUGUGAUCUCCCCAAUUGCCUUUACUGAUGAGAGACUUCAAAAGAGGUGGGCAAGUUAUAAUUUGCUGCUGUGCCGCUUGAUGUUACAUGCAUAUCCAGGGAACUAAGUCUCUCUCUCCUUCUAGAGAGAGACAGUAAGAUGCAUGUUAUGAAUUGUGUCUCCUUGGUGAAUGAUAAAGAAAAUGGAGCUAUUUCAGUUGAAGCUGGAUUAAUGACUGGAGAUACAUCAGAACCAGAAGAGCAGCUGACUCAACCACCUCCGCCUCCACCGCCUCCACUCCCUCUGCCAUGUCUAUCCACAGAAGUUGGACUGUCUUCACCAGCAACGGUCCCACCACCUCCGCCCCCUCCGCCUCCAUCCCUGAGCAAACCUUCAUUUUCACAACUGGUCAAUGGACAUGGCCACUCAAGCAAGAAGAAGCGAAUACGUAGCUUCUUCUGGAAAACUAUCCCCGAAGAACAAGUCCGUGGUAAAAACAACAUCUGGACUAUUGGUGCUAAGCAGAACUACCAAAUUGACACAAAGACAAUUGAGGAAUUCUUUGGCCAGCCGGAUGGAAAGGCACCUUUGGAUUCAAAAAGCAAAGCUUUACGGCGAUCAUUUAAAGACACCAAACAAGAGAUUAAUAUUUUGGAUGCCAAAAGAAGUAUGAACAUUGGAAUAUUCCUCAAGCAGUUUAAAAAAUCUUUUGAAUCCAUAAUUGGCGACCUCCACUCAGGAAGAUGUGAUAUGUACAGCUGUGAAGUCCUUCGUGAACUUCUCAAAUUACUGCCAGAAACAGAAGAGGUAAAGAAAUUAAAGGAUUUCAGUGGCGACAUAUCAAAACUGGGUCAAGCAGAUUCUUUUAUGCACUUGCUAAUCCAGGUGCCAAACUAUUCACUCCGACUUGAAACCAUGGUGUUAAAAAAAGAAUUCUCUCCAUCUUGUUCUUCUCUGCAGAAAGACAUGACAAUUAUAAGAAUGGCUACAAAGGAGCUAAUGUGCUGUGAAGAGUUGCAUUCCAUACUGCAUUUGGUCCUUCAAGCUGGGAAUAUUAUGAAUGCGGGAGGCUAUGCUGGAAAUGCGGUUGGCUUUAAGCUGUCCUCAUUACUCAAGUUGGCAGAUACAAAAGCAAACAGGCCUGGGAUGAAUCUGCUCCAUUUUGUUGCUUUGGAAGCCCAAAAGAAGGAUAAAGUUCUUCUGAAUUUUGCAGAGAAAUUGCCGCAUGUCCAUGAGGCAGCCAGAAUAUCUCUUGAAAGUAUAGAAGCUGAGCUACAUUCGCUCUCAACCAAAACAAAAUCUCUUAAAGAAAAUAUUCGGCGAGAUCCAGAACUCCACCACCAAAUGGAAGGCUUCCUUCAGUUUGCUGUAAAAGAACUUAAAGAGUUGGAACAUUGGAAGCGAGACCUGCUGAAGGAAGCUCAUGCCCUUAUGGAUUUCUUGUGUGAGGAUAAGGAAACUAUGAAGUUGGAUGAGUGCUUCCAGAUAUUCAGGGACUUUUGCUUACGGUUCAGCAAAGCAAUUAAGGAGAACAAGGAAAGAGAGGCCCAUGAACUUCAGCAGCUCCAGCGAUUAAAGGAGUUGGAGGAGAAACGACGAUCAUGGGUUGCUGGUGAUCUUGGGGCUUUUGGCAGGAGCAGCAGCGAAAGUGACGUUGGGACACUGACAAAGAGAGGGCUAGAAGAAUUUCUACCCUUCUUGCAGCACAGACCCCAGAGCCCUUCCUACAGAAAUGCCAGCAUCAGGCGCUCCCGUCAUUCUUUGGGCAUCACUGCAGACAGGGAGCUCUUGACUUUCCUAGAGACCUCAAAGGGUGAAGAUCCAAACAAGUCCAAUAGCCUUCCUCGUGCACAUGCUUGUCAGACCAGAGCAACUGUAGCUUGGAUUGAAUCUAAAGAACCUGGAGAUCCCAAUGUGACUGACUUGCAUUUAAAUCAAGCAUCUGAAGAACACAUGGGCUGCAGUUACUUCCCAUCUCCUCCACCUCAGUCUGAUCGCAUAGAUGACCUAGAGGUGUUAGAUGGUGCCCAUGCUAACUUCUGUAAUAAUGAAGAUGGUGCUGGUAAUGACAACUACAAUGUGCCUUGUAUGGAAGCUGCAGAUACACCCCCCUGGGAUGUAUCUUAUGAAGAGAGUGAAUUUGUUCCAGGUCUGCAGAAGUUUGACUUCAGUGAAGUAAAUGAUAUGGAUGACCCAUCUGAGGUUAAUUUUGAAGUUGGCGCAGGAGAUCUGGAGACAAUGGACGACUCAAGCUUAUGCCGUCUUGAUCCAGCAACUCGUCCAGUACCAGCCUACAGGAAGUCUAAAGAGGCUCCACAUAAGGAUGAGCAAGCUACCAAAGUGGCACGUUAUGCUAAUGAAGCUCCAAGGCCCAGCAUUAAUAGUCCCAGCUCCUCAGGCAAUAUUUCAGGAAUUAAGGCACAAAGACCAGGUUUUGGUGUAUCAGACAUAUCUGAUCAUUCUUUGACACUUGAUCAGUCUGAAGAAAAUAAUCCAAAGCUAGGUGUCAACAAAGUGAACAGGAAUAAUGGUGCCAUGGCUCCUCUUAUGAGCAAUGUGCAAACAGAUGAUGGUCUGAGCUCCUUUUCUAAUGAUAAAGAAGACUCUGGCAGCAAGCCUGGUCUUCCGAAGGAAAAAUCAGGAAAAGGCAAAGAUGGAUUCGGACCAAAGAGAAAUUCUCUAAAAGAGAAAUCUCCAGGUACGACAAAGCCUGCCACUAAUCCUCCAAAUCACCCCAGACCUGUCAGAACUCUGAACACAUCAGAGAAUGCAAGCAUGAGGAAAGUGGUACCUAUUUCCAGGUCAACUAAAGCAGCUCCUCCUACUUGUACAAAAAAGCCGGAGCCCAAGCCAGCACCUCGAGACACUAGUGUAGCCGAAACUCGGCUGUCACGGCGCAACUCCAUCAGGGGCAUCACUGAUGUUGUGCCAAAACCUCAGUAUAGGCAGAGCAUAUCUGUAGAGGAACCAAAAUUCCAGCGGGGAACAGCAGCUUCUAGCAGUGGCCAUUUUGAGAGGGAGCCACUUCAGCAGAAAGGCUCCUUCAAAAAGCCAAGCUCUAAACCGGUCAGAUACAUUCCCAAGUCAAAAAAUGAUGAAACCAAAAUGUGCCGCUCUGUGCCCAAACCGCAGUCACCUACAGAAGUUAAAAGCACAACAGUCGCUGCUCCAAAGACUCCAGCUCCCGUCCCAAGCUUUGCAAGGAACACAGUGGCCUCUUCUUCCAAAUGCACAAAGGUGGAUUUGCCACCAGCUACCAAAGCUCCAGCCCUCACAAGGUCUUUGUCUCAAAGGUUGCCAAGGAUGAGAAUAACAGCAGCUUCCGAUGAUGCUAAUCCAAAGGAAAAUGGUGGAAGCACAUUGAAAAGGGCCAACAGUGCUAGAAUGAUCAAAAGGAACACUGACAGCAGUGAGCUUCUAAGUGUUAAAGCCGAGCCCAUGCUAAGGGAACAAAUAAUAAUGGAAAGAUCGGCAUCCCUUCAAUGUAAAGAUGAAAACCAAACUGCAAUAGGAAAACUACUGAAUCACUUUUGAAAAUAAAAGGGGAUUGUAUGGUUUGGCAAUAUAGAAUGUGAAAAUGAACUUUUCAACACUGAAUAUUUCCAUUGUGGAAUAUCCAGACUGUAAUGUUGUAUUAAUAGCAUUACAUUCAAGUUAAGGUACAUUGUGUGGAUCCUGCUGUAGGUCUGAAUUGAAUGUAUUCAAAACUACUGUGAUGGGAUAGCUGUAGCAAAGUUUCCUUGCUUUUGGAUGAUAGUACCUCUACAUGCAUUUUACAUGCUAAGGCAAGUCUUCCUCAGCCUGGUGCCCCGUCUUCCUUUAUGUGGUGGCGGCUCUCAUCCUCUAUUGUCCCCAGACCAGCUUGACUUCUCUGCUGGUUUGAGAUGAGUAGAGUAUGGGGCCCAGAGAUCCGGAUGGGGAAGACUGCACUAAAUGGAUGCUUUUGUCUAAUGAAAAGAAAGGAAAGCAGAGGUAGGGGAUUAUGGCCAGUUAUGAAAUAACUCCUCUUUUCUGAAAAUGCAAAAUGAACUUCUGUUUUGGGGGAAACAGUGAGAUAUGGGUCAUUUAAAUUCUUUGGGUCCAAGAAUAGGUUUGGGUAUGUUGCAGAGUCCAUUGCUGGCAGUUGGACAGAUACACAGCACCGCUGGCUUACAAAUAGUAAACUAGGACACUGCUGUUUGAGGGAGGGAUGGGGUUUUGACCUCAUCUGAAGAAUUUAAGUUGUAUGUGUAUGUAGGAAGAAGGGGAAACUCUGCUGGGCAGAAGAUUUAUUCUCCAUGAGUGCGGAAGAACUGCUUUGCAGGGACAGAUAGCAUAAUCAGUGAACUGACUGGUGCUGGAAUUAGGAGGGUUAACUGAACGUUAUGACUUUCAGAAACCACAAAUAGUAGUUUAGGGGAAAUGACUACAGGUGACUUGACUUCCAGGUCACUCACCUGCAAACCUGCCAGCCUUUGGUAUACAGAAGUGCCAUAUUUAUAAUACACAUCACAAAUAAUGCAGUUUAAAACAUAUGAGGGCUGCAACUUUUCAUACAGCACUUUCCCUGCCAAUUCUUGUUUCCACUGGUUUUUAACUACUGUCAAAUGACUUGAAAUGCUGCUAUGGCUCUAACGACAAAGAGCCUUUGGUUUCCCUGCUGCCUCCUUUCUUUGUCAAAAUGACUGUUGGCAUGCAAUAUGCAGGUUCCUUUUAUGCAUGACAGAAGGCUUUUUUUGUACAGUAAGCUUUAUUUGCUUCACAUGUGGAUUUUAACACUAUUUUUAAACUUUUUGAUAAGCUUUUUUUAAUAUUGAAAAAUAGUUCAUUGCAAAACGGUCAGGCUAAAAUGCAAAGGAUGCGGAGAACCCUGUUGCUACACGUUCUUGCCUUCCCUUUGGUUCCUUUCCAGGUAAAUAUUUGUAGGUGGGGACAUCAGCCAUUGCUUUUUAGUCUUUUAUUUAAAUAGCUGCCAUCUUAUUCAUUUAGGAAAAGCUUUUUUUUAAAAAAAAUCUUGCAGUAGAAAAUAUUUGAGCAAACAAUACUGAGUUGGUUAUGCAACCUUGUCUCCAGCACUCUUCCCACUUGGUUUCCUUUGACCUAACACAGUGUAUCAGUCAUAGCAAGCCACUUACCCAGUUGUGACAAUUGACUUUAAAUUUUCACUAAAUUUUCACUGAGCAAUUUUACUAUUUCUGUUAAGGGCUCAUAUCUCCCCCCCCCUUUCCAUUUUAGAAAUGGUUUCAAAAACUCCUUCCUAGAAAAGUAUACCAGCAUUGUAAUGCUCUUGUGGCCAUGAAACAAUUGAUCACUUCCCAUGUGAUUGAUAGUUGGCUUCACACUCUUCAUAUAGUAAUAAGCUUUUGGACAGAAUCAUUUUGCCUUUGGUUUUACAAACUAGCCAGUGUCCAUAUGCUAAAUGCAGUACUCUGUCCAUUUGGCCUUGCCUGUACAACUUUUUUUGUGCUCAUCUGCGAAAGCAGGUGGUGGAUUUUUAUUACCUUUUGAUGGUAGUAAGCUUGAAAAGAGAAAAUAAUUUAAAUGUUACAUGUUUGGAGACUGUAAGUAAAUUUCUAUAUAAGUAUGUGUAAAAAUGAACUGGAUGUAUUUAAAGGACCAUUUAUACAUUUCUGAGUUUACUUGCUAGUUUAAUAAAGUUCCCAUUUAUGGGCUUUGUGCUAUA